AAAAUGGGAAAUCUUCAGUUCCUUUAACUGACGUCAACAUCCAAAGCAGUAAUCCUUGGUAUGUUUGGCGCUGGAAGCGACACAUCCUCCAAAACUACAGAAUGGGCAAUGGCGGAGUUGAUGAAAAAUCCGGAAAUAAUGAAAAACGCACAAGAAGAAUUGCGGAGUUUGUUUGGUGAAAGUGGAAACGUUGAUGAAGCAAAACUUCACGAAAUAAAAUGGUUGAAGUUAAUUAUUAAUGAAACAUUGAGAUUACAUCCUGCAGUUACAUUAAUUCCAAGGCUUUGCAGGGAAAAGACUAAAAUUAGUGGAUAUGACGUCUAUCCUAAUACUAGGGUUUUCAUAAAUACAUGGGCAAUCGGAAGAGAUCCUAUAAUUUGGACUGAACCUGAGAAAUUCGUUCCGGAAAGAUUUAUUGAUAGUUCAAUUGAUUACAGGGGCAACCAUUUUGAAUAUACUCCAUUUGGUGCAGGAAGAAGAAUAUGCCCUGGAAUGACAUUUGGUAUGGUUAAUCUAGAGAUUUUCCUUGCAAAUUUGCUAUAUCAUUUUGACUGGAAACUUCCUGGAAGAAUAACUUCGGAGAAUCUUGACAUGACUGAGAAUUUUGGAGGAGUUAUCAAAAGAAAACAAGACCUUGAAUUGAUUCCCGUACCAUUCCGUCCUUAAUUUCAAUAUACCCAUCUUUUGCAUGCAUAAAAGAUAUAUAGUUUGUAG